CUGUUUAAAACUUUUGGCUUUUCAAAGAGAUCCACGCUUCGAUGUAGCCAGAUCAGUGAACCUCUGAAUACGCUCUGAGAGACGUCACACAGGACUGACAGACUUGAACUGGAGGAGGGAAGAUGAUGUCCUUGGAUGGACUGCAGAAGAAAAUAAGUAACCCGGUCAUUCCCUAUGUUGGGACAAUUCAUGGUGGCCUUGUUCCUGGAGAGCUGAUUGUGAUACAUGGGAGUGUUCCUGAUGAUGCAGACAGGUUCCAGGUGGAUUUACAGUGUGGCAGUAGCAUAAAGCCUCGAGCUGAUGUGGCCUUUCAUUUUAACCCCCGCUUCAAAUGGUCUGGCUGUGUUGUUUGCAACACCUUGGAGAGAGAAAAAUGGGGCUGGGAAGAAAUCACUUAUGAGAUGCCUUUUCAAAAAGGGAGGCCAUUUGAGAUUGUCAUCAUGAUUUUAAAGGAUAAAUUCCAGGUGUCUGUAAACAAGAAGCACUUGCUGCUCUACAAUCACAGAAUUAGCCUUGAAAGGAUAGAUACUCUUGGAAUAUAUGGCAAAGUGCAGAUCAAAAGUAUAGAGUUUGUUUCUAACUCUGUACAAGGCUCUCAGCCAUCAUCUGUAGGAGUAACAAAGAUAAACACAGAAAAUGGGGAAAUGCCAGAUGGUUUGCAAUUUGGAGUUCCUUAUGUUGGGAAACUUGUUUCUGCGCUUCAUCCAGGAUGCACAGUUGCUAUUAAAGGAGAAGUGAAUAAAAACCCAAAGAGCUUUACAAUAAACCUGAAAUCAAGUGACUCAAAAGACAUUGCAUUACAUCUGAAUCCCCGAUUGAAGAAUAAGGUCUUUGUAAGAAAUUCUUACCUUCAUGACAGCUGGGGAGAAGAAGAAAAGGAAAUAGCUAAUUUCCCUUUCAGUCCAGGGAUGUACUUUGAGCUGAUCAUUUUCUGUGAUGCCCACCAGUUCAAAGUUGCUGUUAAUGGUGUUCACACCCUGGAGUACAAGCAUCGUUUUAAACAACUUGAAAAGAUCAACGUACUGGAAGUCAUAGGAGAUGUUCAGUUAUUAGAUGUGAGGAGCUGGUAGUUCAUUUCAGUCAGUACUAAAUGAAUUAAACCUAUUCUUACAACAGUUCUUCUGUCAAGUACAAAGAAAGCAACUAAUGCUGAGCCUGCCUUUAUCUAUCCAGGCUUCAGUGUUAGUCUGAGUUAGGCGAGUACCAGAACUGCUGUGAGAUGAAAUCCUCCACUAGUUUCCAGUAUCCUGGCAAGCUAAAUGUCUGCUCAGAUAAAUCACCUGCAUUACUGAACCUAGCAAUAUGAAAUGGUGCGUCGUACUGUGUCUUAACAAUUGUGCUCAGUAUGAUUAAUUACUACUAGUCAUUCCUUAACAGUGUACUUUCAAAAAGUGAAGUAGAAAUUAGAUUGAAGUAGAAUAUGAAGAUAUGCCUAUCCUGAAAGGGCGAUGGACCAGUCAUAAAGUAAUUAUAAGAUAUAUCCUGCUUGAUUUAUAUUAGUGAUUAUAACUUUUUUUGCCAUGACUGGUUUUUUUUAAAAAGCUGACUCAUCAGUUCUCAUGGAAGGCAAGGAGGUAUGUGAUCAACUUCUUAGCCUGCUGCUGCAAUAGUACCUUCUCUGACUUCUAGGUAUGUCAUCUCCUGCUUGUAAGUGGCUUAAAUCAAACACAGAUCAGUAUUUCCAGCUUACAGUUUUCCAAAGUGAAACAACUGAAAAUAAUUUAGCUGGUUCUGAUGCAUGGACUUUGGAAUGCUUAUUUGAUCAGAAAUGGCUCCCAGCUGUGCUAAGAUUGCUCAGGGACUAAAUUAGAUGUCUGUUUUUCAUUUAAAAAUGUAUGAACCUAGAUACGCCCCUGAGUUGAGACUCAGAUUCUCAUCAGUAGAACAGAGAAUAAAUCCUUUUGCAGUCUUGCAUUAAAACACUAGUUAAAAAAAGCAGUUCCUACUCAGUUUUCCUUACAAUUGUCAGUCUUAAUUUUUAUAUAUGCUUAUUUUUAAAAAUAAGUAAGUUGCUGCUGGCUAUCAGUGCUUGCCUGAGGGUUGUUUCUACUUAUUUUAACAGCUACUGAAGGAGUGAAAGUUUUGAGAAUAAAAUGUACCUGAAAAGCUGUUAAACUACCACACUAAGUGUAUAAAAAGCAUAAAUAAAAAUAACAUUUGUGAACUA